GGUGCCGGCGGAUCCGCGUCCGGCGGCGGCCCCGCGGCCCGGCCAGGCCCGGCUCCCUCUGGCGUUCCCCUCUCUGCCCCGCGGCCCCUCGCCCGUCAUGUUGGUGCCCGUGUUCACGCUGAAGCUCAACCACAAGAUCCUGCCCCGCAUGGUGGCGCUGGGCCGGUACGACGGGACGCACCCCUGCCUGGCGGCCGCCACGCAGGCGGGCAAGGUUUUUAUUCACAAUCCUCAUGCCCGAGGACAGAGAAUAAACACAAACCGAAUGGUGCAAAGUAACCAAGAUUCAGACAUUUCUCUUCUGAACAUUAAUCAAGGGAUUACUUGUUUGACUUCAGGGGUGCUGAACCCUCAGCUGGGUUAUGACUGUCUUCUGGUUGGAACACAGACUAAUUUAUUGGCUUACGAUGUGUAUAACAACUCAGAUUUGUUUUACAGAGAGGUUUCAGAUGGAGCCAAUGCAAUAGUUCUUGGGAAGCUGGGAGAUAUUUCACCUCCACUUGCUAUUAUUGGUGGAAACUGUGCCCUGCAGGGCUUUGAUUAUGAAGGAAAUGACCGUUUUUGGACGGUUACUGGAGACAAUGUUCGUUCAUUAGCACUGUGUGACUUUGAUGAUGAUGGAAAAACUGAGCUUCUUGUUGGCUCUGAAGAUUUUGACAUCCGUGUGUUUAAAGAAGAUGAGAUUGUGGCAGAAAUGUCAGAGACAGAGACAAUCACUGCACUUAGCCCCAUGUAUGGCAGUCGCUUUGGCUACGCUCUUGCCAAUGGCACCGUUGGAGUUUACAACAAAGCAGCGCGCUACUGGAGGAUUAAGUCAAAAAACCAAGCAAUGAGCAUACAUGCGUUUGACCUGAACUCUGAUGGAGUGUGUGAGUUGAUCACUGGCUGGUCUAAUGGGAAGGUUGAUGCCCGCAGUGACCGGACUGGGGAGGUCAUCUUUAAGGACAACUUUGCUUCCUCAAUUGCAGGACUGGUGGAGGGAGAUUACAGAAUGGAUGGGACCACCCAGUUAAUCUGCUGCUCAAUUGAUGGUGAAGUCCGAGGCUAUCUGCCAGGAGGUGAGGAAAUGAAAGGGAACCUAAUGGAUACAAGUGCUGAGCAGGAUCUUAUCCGAGAACUUAGUCAAAAGAAACAAAAUCUGCUGCUGGAAUUGAAAAAUUAUGAGGAAAAUACAAAGGCCGAAUUGAACACUCAGUUGAAGGAAGCUGAUGGGCAGAGAGGUCUGAUUCCAGCAAACACCCAACUCCAGACAGCCCUCUCAGUUAAUCUGGGCUCUGACAGCCAGUCUGCCCACGUGGAACUGUGUAUUUCCACCACAAAUGACACAAUCAUCCGUGCUGUGCUGAUCUUUGCUGAGGGCAUAUUUGAAGGUGAGAGCCAUGUGGUCCACCCCAGUCUCCAGAACCUCUCAGGCUGUGUUCGUGUUCCCCUUACUCCACCCAAAGAUGUCCCUGUGGAUUUGCACAUCAAAGCCUUUGUGGGUUACCGAAACAGCACACAGUUCCAUGUAUUUGAGUUGACAAGACAGCUUCCCCGAUUUUCCAUGUAUGCCCUGAGCAGCCCAGACUUGGCCACAGAGCCCCUGAGCUUUGUUAACUGUACCAUGAAUGAGAGGCCACAAAGGAUUGUUAUGUGGCUGAAUCAGAGCUUCUUGCUGCCAGAGGAUGCAGAGUUUCAGAGUGCUCCCUUUCAGGUUUGCUUCACUUCUCUUCGUAAUGCAGGUCAGCUCUGCAUCAAAAUCAAGCCUGGUGGAGAGAUUUCCAUCAACACAGAUGAUAUUGAUCUAGCUGGUGACAUUAUCCAGUCAAUGGCCUCUUUCCUGGCCAUUGAAGAUUUGCAGGUGGAAGCAGAUUUUCCUGCGUACUUUGAGGAGCUGCGGAAAGUAUUGGUGAAGGUGGACGAGCAUCACUCAGUGAAUCAGCGGAUCACUGCUGACAUGGCCGAACUCUCCAACCUCAUCCGCAGCAUGUUGGUUCAGGCAGAAGAUGCCCGGCUCCUGGGAGACAUGAAAAACAUGAAGACACGGUACAGCGAGCUGUAUGACCUGAACAGAGAUUUAAUAAAUCAGUACAAAAUUCGUUGCAACAAUCACACAGAGCUGUUGAAUAAUCUGAAAGCUGUGAAUCAGGCAAUCCAAAGGGCUGGGCGGUUACGUGUUGGCAAACCUAAAACACAAGUGAUCAGUGCUUGUCGGGAUGCAAUAAGGAGCAACAACUUCAACACACUGUUCAGGAUAAUGCGUGUGGGAACAGCUUCUUCUUAGGCAGAGGAGCAGCAGCUGUGCAGAGCCAGUGAUUCCAUGCACUAAGCAGAUAAUGGAUGACAAGCAGCUAAUUCAGAUCCCUACUCCACAGUAGGGUGAAGUGAAUUCAAUGGUAGUGCUGUAGUUCACUUGUUAGGUAAGAAAUGUUACACAGACCAAAACUCCAUGAAGAGAGCAUCAGAGUUCAAGUGCAGAUGUGGUAUUUAUGCAAGACAGAAGUUCAAACAGUUAUUUUUUAUUACAGUAAUUUAUUUAUGUAUUUAAAUAUAUUUUGUAGUUAAGGCAUUGGUCUUUUCCAUUAAAACAUAGACUGGUUUGACUAA